UACUGUAAUCACCUGUCAAAUAUUACAACUGGUGUCGAAACAUUUUAAUAAUUUUCCAAAAACUGGUAAUUUUACUUAAAACGAUACGUUGGAUGAUACAUUUGCUGCCUUUAAUUGUUUACCUCCAAUUCUACCUGUAUUUAAAUCAAGAUGUCACGUCAAGUAAAGCAGCCCACUGGUCAAAAACGCUUGACAAAUGUUGCUAUUGUCAGACUGAAGAAAGGUGGAAAGCGUUUUGAGAUUGCAAGUUAUCCAAAUAAGGUGGUUUCAUGGAGGAACAAAGUAGAGACAGACAUAGAUGAAGUACUGCAGACCCACACCGUGUUCACGAAUGUGAGCAAGGGAGAGGUGGCCAAGGCUGGAGACCUGAAGAAAGUCUUUGACACUGACAAUCAGAGUGAAAUCUGCCUUGUGAUUUUGGCUAAGGGUGAACUCCAGGUAUCAGAGAAGGAAAGACAUGCCCAGCUGGAGUCAAUGUUUCGAGACAUCGCCACAAUCGUGGCAGACAAGUGUGUGAACCCUGACACUCGCAGACCCUACACUGUCACCAUGAUAGAAAAGGCCAUGAAGGAUCUACACUUCUCAGUGAAACCCACCAGAAACACAAAGCAACAGGCAUUAGAUGUCAUCAAGCAGUUUAAAGAAAAGGAAGUCAUCCAAAUUCAACGGGCCUAUAUGAGACUUAAACUAAGAAUCCCUGGGAAGGAGGGUCGCAAGUUGCAGCCGAAGGUGCGUAAGGUCGCCACUAAGGUGGAGCGUGAUGAGUUCGAGGAUGACGAGCUUGAAAUGGUGAUCCUGAUUGACCCAGGGGCCUUCAGGGAGGUCGAAGAGCUGGUGAGGGAGGGAACAAAGGGACGGGCACAGAUUGAGGUGCUCAGUCUCAAGGACGUCGAGGAAGGGGAUGAGGUACUUGAAUGACCACAGGAGGUAGUGACAGGUUAGCCUGGAUCUUGUGCCUUACCGUAAGGCACAGUAACAUGUAACCUUCCCCAUGUGUGGACUUUUAGGACUGAAACAGAUUAUGUAGGUGAUGGAUAUACAUGUACUGACUUCAGUUAUAGACUUUGAGGUACCUCUGGAAGUUUUUGUUGAAAUGAAAGCUUUUAUGUAUUGUUUUGUAUGCAAAGCUUAAAGCGUGCCAGUUAUUAUUUGUACCUCAAAAUGGUCUUUGUUGAGCCAUUACGUUAAAUUUCACAUGUUAAAGAUUCUGAACAGUUAAUUAUCAAUAAAACUUAUAUUACUUAAACUUAAACUUAACUUAAAACUAUAUUUUAGUUGACAAUAUUUUCCAUCACUCAGAAGUUUAUUGAAUAUUGUAAAUAUGUGGGAAUAUAACUAUAAGUGCUUAUUUCUGCAUUACCAAUGAUACCAAUAGUGUUCAUUAGUAACAUUAAAUAUAAGGUGAAAAGGUGAAUGUAAGUUUCAUUGAGAAAAUGUAAAUAUCCUGAUCCUGACUAUGCAUGAAAAUUAUUUUUAAUUCAUUAACUAUACCUCCAAAACAACAACUAUACCUCCAAAAAACAAAGUUUUAUUGUAGGAGGAAGGAAUAUAGGAGGGUCAACCAGUCUUGGUUUUAUCUUGAUGAUAGCUUCUUAGCCUAAGUCUAAGGGUCGACCAAGAAUUAGGUUACAAACCACUCAUUUUUGAAGGAGUAAUGGUCCCAUUUUAACAUAGAAUUUUCCAGAAAUAGUGGCCAGAUAAAAACUCAUGACAGAUGUAAAUACCUUUUACUGGGCUUUAAGGUACAGAGAAAAUAUAAGGUCUAGAUCGACUUUGAUUUCAAACCACCAAUUUUCUGACAGAAUUAUUGCCCCUUUCCAACUUUUUUGUGCCUAUUAGAUUAAAUAAGGCAGGUAUACUGGUGUUAAAUAGGUUUUGGUUCACAUGUUAAACAAAGUAAAAUACAUGUAAAGUUUGACUGUGGUUAGAAUCCUUCCAUGUUUGAUGGGGUAUUAGCCACUCCUGUGACAGAUCUUGUUUAAUAUUUUUGUAUUUUAUUAAACAUAAUUAACAUAUGAUACAUGUAAUAACAGAAAUCGACAAUAUUCUUACUAUACAUGUAUAUAUGUUAAUGUGCAUGGUGCUUGGAUUUAGCAUUGCCAUCCACUGUUAAACAGUUAGUUAUAUAAAUAAAAUCAUAAAAUACUA